CAAGCGUCAAAUUCUUUUGGCUGGCCACUGCGCGAGCAGCCUGGUAGUAUUGAAUCCUUAAUUUCAACUGUUUAUUGUGGCUAAAAAAUACAGCAAUGGAGAACGCAUGGAUCCCGCUGUUUAGUGUGCUCUGUUUUGUCUCAUGGAAAGCAACCAUCGCCAACGUAACAACGCCGAUUCCUGUUCCCCAUUUUUCCGCGGAGCCGAUAACGCGCGAUCAGUGUGCAGUGCAGUACACAAAAAAUUGUCGUCCGAUUUACGUGAAAGGAUUCGUCAAUAUCGUGGCUUAUCCGAUCUAUAACUACGAGGACAAUCCCGAGCAAGAGAUCUUCAGACAAGUGAAUUGUACCUUUACCAACGGUGUGCAACUGCACUGCAACGACGGAGUCACUUCCCACGAAAUCCGACAACUGGCCGAGUCUCUAUCACAGCCGCCGAUGCGGGCGGUCUUGGUUAACUUAACCGACGGUCCAUUGGUGACCUUCGACAACUUGUCGCCGGUUCGCGCACAAACCAUCAUACUGAACCUGUACAACUGCACUUCGGCUCGCACCACCGGUAAAUUGCCCACCUUGGGCUUCUCGAAUCUGCUGAGCUUUGAACUACACAACUGCUACGAUACGGUUGUUCAAAAAGCAGAUUUCGGAUUGUCAAUCAAACUGCGGAUGAUCAUUUUUGCUAACACCACACUACGUACACUGGAAAAAGACACUUUUAGAGAUUUACCGGCAUUGCGUCUGAUCUCCCUGGAAAACGGAUUCAGCGAAACGGAAGUGUUCAGUAAAGACAUUAUUGAUUAUCUGCGAAAAUUACACUGCGGAAGUGAAUACGAGUGGUACAGGCAGUGGUGGAGCGGAAGUAAUUUACUGCGCAGUGCCAAUAAGAAAGAAAUCUUCAACAUUCCUGGUAAUUCAUGGCACAAUGAGCAGUUGACAGCUGACAAGGUAUUUCUGCCGAUUGAUUGUGCAGUCUCUCCCUUUCCAAACGGUUCCGGCUCCAUUGAUUUCGAACAAAAUGCCUUCCCCAUCAACAAAACUUCGUAUGAGCGGGUUUCUUCGAACUGUCGCCGAGAUGAAGUGGCCGAGGACACGUCCCCGGUGUUCUGCACGGAACCACUGACGCAGGCAGAGUGCGACUUCGUGCAGCUGGAUUUGCAAUGUCCAUCCCUCAGAAUAAUGCCCGAUUAUGUCUACUGUCCUCACCCGGAAAGAACCGGCAAUUUCUUGGACCCACCGUACUGUUUGCGCGAUCUACACCGAUUAUCUGGAAUACUGGCGCAACUGCCUCCCCGCGCUCUGGCCAUGACCUGGAUGGAUAACCUGACCAUCGAAAGCGCCGAUCUGGGACAAGUGCGACCAUACAUUCUUACUUUUGACAUAUCGUGGUGCCACCUGACUCGCGCCACAAAUCUACUAAAUCGGCUCAGGCUGGUCAAUGUCCUAGGGUUUGGGCUUAUCGACUGCACUAAUUUAGAUAUCAAAAAGAUUGAUUUCCACAAUUCGCGCAAGCUACGGGAAUUCAGGUUAUCCAACUGCACCAUCCGCACUUUGGAAGUCGAUGCUUUUGCGGAUCUUCCCUCACUCGCAAUGCUGUCAGUGGAGGACUAUUUUCGUACUGGACCCGAAGUGCACGGUCACACCUGGACAUGGCAGUGUACGAUCAACGCAUCCGUGACUACCUGUUCCGGCUUCAUUGUAGCUGUGAGUUUGCCUGGUUUCGGCGCUGGCGAGAGAAUAACACGGCAUUGGUAAGCGAUGUGGAUCAGGGUGAAGUGUGGUUUGUCGGGCACUUUGUUUACAACGAAAUAUUCUUCCCGACGGAUGCGUUUGUGCCCAUUGACUGCGCGCAGCCUAUUCCGUAUGGAGCGGGUGGUGUUGAUGCUAACCAGAAAGUGUAUUCGCUAAAUGAACCGAUCUGCUAAUAUUAAUGCAUGA